AUGGAUCUGGCGACGAGUUACGCGGAUGACGUGGAGGAGGAUUCAAAGCAGUUCCAGCGGGACAACAAUCGGCUGAUUCCGUCGAAUCGGGGCUCGACGGCUCAACGCCUGCCGACGUGGAAAGAGCGUGAGAAUAACAAACGAAGGGAGAGAAGACGACGCGCCAUAGCAGCAAAGAUCUUCACCGGCCUGCGCACCUAUGGAAACUACGAUCUGCCGAAACACUGCGACAACAACGAGGUGCUCAAGGCAGUGUGCAAAGAGGCCGGCUGGAUUGUCGAGGAGGACGGAACGACUUACCGAAAGGGUCAGCCGCGACCCCAGCAGCCCGAGCCGGCAGCAGGAAGCGACUCGGCUUACCCUACGGACAGCGCCGUGCAACCGUACCCCUCGUCGAAUGUCAACGCUCUCGAUAGUACCGACUACGACCAUGCAGCGUCUCUUGCGGGAAGCACCGACCACGGCCGCGGCCCUGUCAACGGCGUUGGCGCCGCGACGCAUGGGCGAGACAACGGGCUCUCCGCUGUUGGGGCUGCUUCGCUUGGCGCCGCCGCGCCGAUGGCGGAAGUUAGACCUGCGCCUGGAGGAGGAAACGCGGGUGGUUGCGGAGCUAACCAGCCUGGCGGAACUGCGCAGGCUGGCGGAGCGGCUGCGCCGCCUGCAGCGGAGCUGCUGAAGCUCAUGUCCGCGCUCGCCGCUUUCCCCGCGGCGGCGGCGCAGCUGGGCGCAGCGCUGAACUCCUCCGCCGCGUCGCUCGCGGCCGUUGCAUCGUCGCUCGGCCUGCCUCCGUCGUUCGCCGCGUCAUCGGACGUGCAGCAGGUGCUGAUGCUUCUCGCUAAAGGAGGUGCUAAUAACGGGGAUCAAUCGCUGCCAGGCGCGUCCAACGUCGUCCAGUCGUCCGCAUCUUCCUCUCUUCCUCCUCCAACCACUGCCGCUCCCGCUGACCGUUCCAUGCCCGCGCCUUCCCGGAGCGGCAACUUCAGCGGCGGCGCGCACACCAGCAUCAGCCCUCAGUGCGGAAGCGUGACACGCGGCGGAGCGCUGGGACCUCAACGAACGGUGGAGUUCAAAUCCGCGGGAGGGAAGGACAACAAGUGGGCGGCUGGUGUGCGGCGCAUGGCGACGAGCUGGGAUGUAGAGGCGCCCAUGAAGCCUCCCCCUGUGAUGCGCUCGGAUGAUCUGGAGCUCAGCCUUGGCCUCGGGUAA